AUGGAGACGAUCAAGAACCUGCUGGCCAAGCUCGAGGUGCACCGUUUCCCAAACAAGUGCACUGACAACCUGAGGGCCGAAGCCUUGUCCACGGCUAGCCAGUCUGCUGCAUGGCUGGCGUCACUGGUGGACGACCUGCUGGACCGUGGGAACAAAGCCCUUGAGGCGCACAGGACGGGCACCAAGCGUGGGCCUAAGUGCCCAGCCACUGAAGUUGGGCCGAUGGGUCAGGCAGGGGGUCAGUUGGGGAACGUCAGCCUUGCCCCGCAAUGGGUGGAGGGGGGCAGGGCCAACAAGAGGCAGAGGCCUGGCAGCCUUUGGGGCUCCGACAAGAAGCCUCAGAAAGGGUUCGCCAUCCCUGUGGACAACAGCAACGAGCCAUACAAGCCCAGACUGGACCACCUGGCUGGCCUUCUGACUGGCUACCCACCCGAGACCUUCGACAACUCGCAGCCAGACGCCCUACUGGCAAAGAUCGGCAUCCGUGACUGCCAGGGCCUCUACCCACACCCCUUCCAGGCAGAGCUGAAUGCCCUUAAGUACAUUCCAAGCCAGCUGGCCAAGGGAACCUGCAGGGAACCCGAGGCCAUCGAGUCCACGCCGUUUCUGUAUGUUGACUCGCAGGAGGGGCUGGAGAAGCUGGUGGAGCAUCUGCAUGGACAAGAGGAGGUGGCGGUGGACCUGGAGGCAAACCUGUUCAGAAGCUUCCAGGGACUGACAUGUCUAUUGCAGAUGUCCACCCGAACGCGCGACUUCAUCGUGGACACACUGGCAGUGAAGGAUGAGAUCGGCCCUGCGCUGGCGCCAAUGUUUGCUGACCCACAGGUUGUGAAGGUGAUGCACGGCGGCGGCAAUGACAUCUUGUGGCUGCAGCACGACCUGGGCAUCUAUGUGGUGAACCUGUUUGACACACACCAGGCUUGCAAGGUGGGCGGCCACCUGCGGGGGGGCCUGGCAUACCUGCUGGAACAAUACUGCUCCAUCAAGGCAGACAAGAGGCUGCAGCUGGCAGAUUGGCGCAUACGGCCACUCAGCAAGGAGAUGCUGCACUAUGCGCAGUGUGACACGCAUUAUUUGCUGUACAUCUAUGACAAGUUGAGACACCAGCUUAUUGAUCAGGGAGAAGAAGUUCCAGAGAAGUUCCAGGUGGACCUCAGAGACGGCUCCCCCACAGGCGCCUUGGGCACUGUGCUGGAGAGGUCCAGGAUCUUGUGUCUCCAGCGCUAUGAGAAGCCCCUGCUGAACGAGUUCAGCUACCUCAGCAUCCUCAAACGGGAGGCGGAGGGACUGAACGAGGUGCAGGAGAUGGUGGCGGCUGCCCUGUACGCCUGGAGGGACGCCACUGCAAGGGAUCUGGAUGAGAGCGCAGGGUUCGUGCUGUCCAAGAAGGUUCUGGUGAAGCUGGCUGUGGCUCUGCCAGACAAUGUGAAGCAAGUGCAGAAGCACCUGAAGAAGGGCAGCCAAGGCUUUGGUGACGCCAUUUUCAACGUAAUCACCAAUGCCAGGCAACGGUUUAUGCUUGGGCGGCUCCAAGCUGCCAGUCCUGGCACUCCAGGGGCCCUCGCCUCGGUGAGCCUUGACCUGCCACCCGCAGCCCCAGCCACCACUUUGGAACCAAAGCCAGUGUGCAUAAAGGCUGCAUCCGGUCAGAGCGCCUUCCAGAGGAUGCUCGGGGCAACGAACCUGACAGCAACGGAUGGUAGUGAUGUGAAAAUGCACAUUGCCGAGCCCUCCCUCUGUGAGUCGGCCAUCCAAACAGCAGACAUCGAUAUGAAUGCCAAUCUGUCGCUCAUGGGAGUGGAUGCGGUAGCUGAUUCGCACUGUCCCUGCAGUGCUGACGUGACCACUGCAUCCCAGCUUCCAAGCAAUGCUGGUGGCUUAAAGGAUGGCAUGGAAGAUGUUCAGCAGCUGGCAGGCUGUGGUCCUGCCACAGGCCUGAGGGCCCGGGAGGUGAAGCCGAUCGUGCUGCAAGGGCGGCCGUGCAGCAUGCAGGGAGACAUUGAAGAUAAGGGGUUGACUGCUGCAGAGAUGAUAAAGGCGUCGUUUUCGCUGCCAUUCAUGGUGGCAACCAACGUCGGCAAUGAUGGGGAUGUGGAGGGGCAGGGAGAGGAGGGAGGCAGAGUGGGGAAUGGGAUGGAUGUAGAUUUGGGGGAAUCCGUUGAACCCACAGAGACGGCCAUUGCAGGUGGUGGUUGCAGAAAUCCGGGGUGUGGUUGA